AUGAUGGAAACCAUACCAGAAGAAGAACAAAGCUGUACAUCAGAUGGUAAAGUAAUUUACUUACAGCUUUGGGCUGUACCUGUAGCUUUGUCUAAGACAACAGAAAGAAGAAAAAGUGAUGGUUUUAAUACAAUAGUUAUUGGAGAUAUUGAAGAAUAUUCAAAUCAAAACAAUAUCCAACAGUCUAUUGAAGUUAACCAUAAGAGUGAAAUCUUACUUUCUACAUCAACUGAAAUAAAAAAAAACUAUGGUAUUGAUCCUAAAAUAAAUUCUUGUAAUAUAGUUAAUGAAGAACAAAUCACUGAUCUAGGUAAAACCCUUGAAUGUAAAUCAGGACCACAAGAUUUUAAAAACAGUAGAAAAAGCACUGAUCUACUAUGGUUAUUCUUCUUUUUAAGUUUUGCCUUCAGCUGGUUAUGCUUGGGAGUUUAUGUUGGGGCUACUUCAAACACUACUUCAUUUUUAUCAACUUAUGGCAGUUACAAAGAAGAAUGUUAUUCUAAUGAUAAAAAAUAUCUGAUGUACUUUGGAUUGGCUAAUUACUUUAAAAAUACCGUGUUCUCAUCCUUAACUGAUAUAUACAUUAAAUCAAAAUUUUGUCCCACAGGAAAGGCGUGUGUUUCAAAAUGCCCAACUACCAUUUGGACAGCAGAACUAUUUCUGAAACGUAUUUUACCGUUCAACUAUUCAUUGAUACAAGGAAGUCUGAUAUGUGUUAAUGACAGAGUUAAAAAUAACAUUACCACAUUACAUGAAUUAGAAGAUAUUGUUAAUAAGAAUCUUUGUGCAAGAGACUAUUCGUUUAAUCUUCCAGUUUUAAACUUGUGUUUACCAUUUGAAUUAAUGAUCAGUUGGAUUGCAAAUCAAUUUAAGUUGUCUGUGGUCAUCAAUGUUGCAGAAUUGUUUUAUUUAUGCGUACUAGAAAAUGUAAUGUAUUUGCAAAUAUUAUUUUCUUCAUCCUGUCUCAUAUUAAUUAUAUAUGUCUUCUUAUUGCGAUGGAUUGCAGCACCAUUGUUGAAGAUCUCCAUUAUCGGAUUUAUUUUAUUUGCAAUAAUAGGAUUUAUUUUCACAGCUCUGGGUUACUUUGGUAUUGAAUCUAAAGGUUCUUUUAAAUUUUACAAAAUCUCAUUUAUUCAAGAAGGAUCUUAUUUUUCUCUUAUAUGUGUUAUUUUGGCAGCUAUUUUCCUUUUAGUUGUCAUUAAGAAAGUUUUUGAUUUAAUUCGCUUGAAAAAUUACAUAAAGCCUGCAUUGAUGCUUAUUACAGAAACCUGCAAUAUUCUUCUUCAAAUUAAAGGAUCUCUAUUUUUCAUUUUUAUAAUCAUACAUGCAUAUUUAGCAUUAGUAAUUUGGGCAUGGAAUAUAGUGAUCAGUUUGAUGAGUGAUUCAAACCUAGACUGCAAAAUUCACAAUCAAUAUAAUUUACCUUGUAACUGCACAGGAGAAUAUCAGAAUGCGAUUGAAGGGAAUAAAUGUCAUCCAGAAAAUUUCACCCAGUUCUGCUCAAACUGUAUUUGUUAUAAGCCUAGUGUGAUCAAAUUUUAUUUUGUUAUGGUCCUUCGAAUUUUUAAUGUAUUAGCUGUCAUCUGGACCAUUAUGUUCAUUUAUGCAUUUUCUAAGAUGAUGUUGGCAUAUUCACUAUAUACAUGGUAUAAUAAUGCUGACAAGAAAGAAUUACCACCAUCUCUUGUAAUAUCUUCAACUAAAACUAUAUUAAAGUACCACAUGGGUACAGCAGCAUAUGGCUCUUUUGGAAUAUUGCAGACUGUUAUUCAUAAAAUUAUAGUAGUUAUAAGGUUGUGCCCGAAGUUCAAACAUAUUUGCCCAUUCAAUAUUAAUUUACCAGCACCUGUAGACAAAUAUUCACUUAUAAUUAGUGCAGUGAAUGGAACAGGCUUGAAAAAUUCAACAGAAAAAAUAAAUAGUAAAAUAAUAGAAGAUGGAGGAAGAAAACGACUAAAUAAAACUACUCAAAAGAUAUUGAACAUUAUGAAAUGGACAAUUUGCUUAACACUGAUCAUCUUUCUUUUCUUAAUACCACAUGAGGAGACAUUUUGUUUAGAAAUUGCUCUCUGGUUGUUAUGCUUUUGCAUAUAUCUUAUUUCUACUGUUUACAUACAAGUCUGCAAGAUUGUAGCCGACUCUUUAGUUUAUUGUUACAUCCAAGAUCAAAAUAGCAAGAGUAAAAUGAAAAAAAUGAUUCCUGAAAGUCUGAAAAGCUUUUUUGAAAACCAAGAAAGUUUCAGUUGUGAAAAUCAUCAAGAUCAAGAUUCGUCUGGAAAUGGCAUCCACCGCUAA